GCUAAUCGCACAUCGAAAAACAUCCUCCGUCAAGAAACGUGCAAGUUUAUAAAAUUCAACCUGUGGAGGAAUCAACGACUUCUGCAAUGUGAACUUUGGGGAAUUAAAUCCUCGAGAAGCGUGCAAAGGAAAAAGCUAUUGAACUUACUCAUUAAGAAGCACUCCAGUUGAAGUUUUACAUGAAAGUGAUGUUCUAGAAAAAAAACCACCAACGAUAGCCAUAUUCUGCUGCGUGCCUCUUUAGUGUGUUUGUAGCCCGUUGUGGAUUAUUAUGAGGCGCCAUGGCGUGGUGUGACCGUGGGUGUCAGAUACUGUUGACCAUCGUGGGCGCUUUUGCAGCUUUCAGUCUGAUGACCAUAGCUAUUGGGACCGACUACUGGCUCUAUUCUCGGGCGUACAUAUGUAACGCCACCAAUGCCACCACGGAGGACAUGCAACCCAAGAAAACUAGAGGCGACCUGACGCACUCCGGGCUGUGGCGGAUUUGUUGUAUAGAAGGGAUCAACAAAGGAAGCUGUCUUCGGAUCAAUCACUUCCCAGAAGAUAACAACUAUGACACAGACAGCUCGGAAUACAUCUUACGUAUAGUGCGGGCCUCCAGCCUCUUCCCCAUCCUGAGCAACAUCUUGUUGUUGCUGGGAGGACUGUGUGUCGGGGCUGGGAGGAUCUACAGCAGUAGGAACAACAUCCUGCUCAGCGCCGGCAUCCUGUUUGUGGCUGCAGGUCUAAGCAACAUCAUCGGCAUCAUCGUCUACAUCUCCAGUAAUGCCGGUGACCCCAGCGACAAGAAGGACGAGAACAAUAAGGGCAGCUAUGGAUAUGGCUGGUCUUUCUACUUCGGAGCUCUGUCCUUCAUCGUGGCCGAGUCCGUCGGCGUUCUCGCUGUCAACAUCUACAUCGAGAAGAACAAGGAGACGCGGUGCCGGGCGAGGCGUGAGUUUAUCAAGACCACCUCGUCCACCUCGCCCUACUCCCGUAUCCCUAGUUACCGUUACCGGCGGCGACGCUCCAGUUCCCGCUCCACCGACCCGUCCCGAGAGACCUCACCCGUCGGGGUGAAGAUGGGAGGAGGAGGGGGAGCAGGCGUAGGAAGUGGAGCAAGCUUUGGGAUGCCCAUGGGUGGGAUCUCCAUGUACGCCCUCAGCAGGGACACUAUGAAAAGUGGGAUAGCUGGGUACUGUAGUCCAGAGCGUGACUCAAGCUUCCUGCAGGUCCACAACUGCUUCCAGAAAGAUCUGAAGGAGGGUGUGAACAGGAGAACGACUCCCGUGUGAGAGUUGGAACGCAUCUCUGAACUUGGAAGGAUACAGGAGACUUCACAAAACUGUAAAGGAAACAGCUGGACAGCACAAGACCCAGGAUCAUUGUUGCAGCUACAAAACCCAGACCAUCUUCCAUGUUGAAAGGUCAUAGUUCAUAUGAUGGAGUGUGCUCUUUUCUUUGGUAUAACAAAUUGCCGUCUGUCUUCGUUUGGAUGUGGAGGAGAAAUGGAGCCUUACCUAAGGUUUAUUACGAAAACCUUUGGUAAAGCUUAUAUAAGUCCAUUUACAAAAAGACUACAGAAACCCAGACCUUUAGUAGCAAUGCUUUUGUGAUACAUGAUAGUGUUUUGCAUACCCCUCAACAAAUGGUUGUCAUGUCUUGUUGUUUUGAUGUUGUCAAGUGAUAAAACUCACUUGAGGGGUUUUGCCAUUGUAACUGGUGCUAUACACUUUCAACACACUUUAAAUAUUCUGAUUACACUUAGAAAAAGGGUUCCAAAAUAGUUGUUUUGGCUGAAGCAGAACCCUUUUUUCGUUCUGGGUAGAACCCUUUUCUGGUUCCGGGUAGAACUCUUUUGGAAAGGGUUCUAUAUUGAAUAAAAAAUAUGAACAUAAGAUCCCAGAAAUGUUCCAUGCGCACAAAAAGCUUAUUUCUCUACAAGGUUGUGCACAAAUUUGUUUACAUCCCUGUUAGUGAACAUUUUCUCAUUUGCCAAGAUAAUCCAUCCACCUGAC